AUGACCCCACAUUAGCAGGGAUUAGGCUCCUGUUCUUGCUGGGACCAGCAUGGCUCCUGAGAGGCAAAGCAGAUGAUCCCAGCUAAACCUCACCGUUAUCUCCUCAGAUCAAGGAGCUGCUCGCCUCCAGCGAUGAGGAGGAGGAGGAGGUGAAGCCGGCCAAGGUGGAGAAAUCCUAUGUUCCCAAAAUCACAGGAAGCGUGAAGGGGAAAUUUGCAGAAAUGGAGAAGCAGCGACAAGAGGAGGAGAGGAAGAGGAUGGAGGGUGAGAGGAAGAAGAGGGAGGCCCAGGACAACAUGGAGAAGGCCAAGAUCAAGAAGGAGCUGGCUCAGAAGGCCACCGAGGAAGGAGACGACACCAUCCUGGUCCGUGUGGUUCCGGCGAAGUCCUCCCGACCUCCGGGCAGAAUCAGGAUGAACUUCGAGGACAUGGAGAAGAACCGAGAGGAGGAGCUGAAGAAGAAGGCCGAGGAGGAGAAGAAGAGGAGAUACGACGAAAACAGACGAUCCUUCAGGGAGGCCAAGAGGCGCUCGGUGGUCGAACAGGACGAGGAGGAAAAGCCUUCAGAAAAGAUGCAGGUGACUCCUGGGAAGCUGAAGCUGACGUUUGAGGAGCUGGAGAAGGAAAGACAGGAGCAGAGGAAGAAGCUGGCCGAGGAGGAGGCGAAGCGCCGGCUGCUGGAGGAGAAGAAGGCCUUCGAGGAGGCCAGGCUGGGAAUGGGAGAAGACGAGGAAAACGAUCAGUCGCCUCAGGAGGACAAAGAGGAGCUUCGUCCGGGAAAACUGAGGCUGAGCUUCGAGGAGCUCGAGAAACAAAGAGUCGAAGAAGUUCGUAAAAAAGCCGAAGAAGAAGCCAAGAAACGGAUGGAGGAGGAGAGAAGAGCCUUCGCUGAGGCCAGGAAAAGCAUGCUGGUGGACGAGGACGACGAGGUCCUGAUGGCUCUGCUCAACCUGGAGGGAAGCAAACCCGGGAAGAUCUGUGCCAGUUUUGAGGAUCUGGAGCGCCAGAGGAGGGAGGAGGAGCAGAAGAAGGCCGAGGAGGAGGCCAAGAGGAGGCUGGAGGAGGAGAAGAGGCUGUUUGCCGAGGCCCGCAAGAGUAUGGUGCUGGACGAGGAUGAAGUGAUGGUGAAGAGCGAGUCUCAGGAAGCUCUCCAUCCCAGAAAACUGGAGAUGAACUUUGAGGAGCUGCUGAAGGAGAAGCAGGAAGCCGAGAGGAGGCGCAAGGCGGAGGAGCGCAAGAAGAAGCUGGAGCAGGAGAAGCAGGAGUUUGAACAGCUGCGACAAGAGAUGGGCGAGGAGGAAGUAAACGAAAGCUCCGACGUCAUCAGCAAAGAGUACCAGGAGCUGACCAAGCUGAAGAGAACCGGAUCCAUUCAGGCCAAAAACCUCAAGUCCAAGUUUGAGAAGAUCAAGCAGCUGACGGAGGAGGAGAUCCAGAAGAAGAUUGAGAUGGAACGAGCUCGCAGGAAGGCGGUCGAUGACGAAAUUAAAGAGAGAGAAGCUGAGAGGUUCCAGGAGGAGGACGAGGACGGAGAAUCGACGCUGGCCAGAGCUGAGGAGUCUCCGUUCAAACAGAAGGUGGACAUGAAAGCCAGAUUCCAGCAAAUGGCCAAAGCCCGAGAGGAGGAGGAGAGGAGGAGGAUCGAGGAGCAGAAGCUGCAGAGGAUGCAGUUUGAGCAGCAGGAGAUCGAUGCAGCGCUGCAGAAAAAGAAGGAUGAUGAUGGCGAGGAGGACGGCAGCAUCAUCAACGGCUCGGCGGCUUACGAAGACGAGGAGGACCACGCCCGGUCGGGGGCUCCGUGGUUCAAAAAGCCCCUGAAGAACCAGUCGGUGGUGGAUUCCGAGCCGGUCCGGUUCACCGUCAAGAUCACCGGGGAGCCGAAGCCGGAGGUGACCUGGUGGUUCGAGGGCGAGAUGCUGCAGGACUGUGAGGACUAUCAGUACAUAGAGCGAGGAGAGACGUACUGCCUCUACCUGCCCGAGACCUUCCCCGAGGACGAAGGAGAAUACAUGUGCAAAGCCGUGAACAGCAGAGGCACGGCGGCCAGCACCUGCAUCCUCACCAUAGAAACGUAUGACUACUGAUGUCCUCCAUGUUCUGCAGAGUUUCCCUGUUGUCUCUCACUCCUUUCUGUAAAAGUUUGUCCCUCGUGGUUAUGGUCAAACACUUGGAGGGAAGAACGUAGCAGUAAGCUUGGCAUUCCUAAGGGAGGGAAACACAACACAAAGACAAGAUGUUGUUUACGUAUCGCUCAAGUGUAAAGCUGCUCCUCGUUAGGAUGAAUCUGUGCCAAAAACACAAACCCUUCUUGUUCCAGAACCAUCAUCACUGCAAGACCCGAUAAUAUUUGUGAAACCAGCAGUUUUUACAGUACAUGUCUCGCUUUAUGGUCCAGAAAUUUUAUACUUGAGAUACAGAAAUGUGAAAGAUGACCCUGUGUAUUAAUUAAACAAACUAAAUACGGUAAUUUUAGGUUCAGUUUGUGUCAUUUCAGAUCGUGGUUUUGCUGUACCAUGUCAGAUUUUGUUAUUUGAAACCCAAAACCACCUUCUGUGAAAUUGGUUGACUGACUAUUGAGCAGUUCUAUAUUUUCUCCCUUCAAAAAAGCCUAAAAAGCCAUUUCAGUGGUUCAGUAUCUCAAGAAAUAAAGUUCCCACUGACAUGAAUCUUGAUGAGGACACUGACAGAAUAGUUUCUAGUAGAUUUAAAUCAUUAAAUGGAUCUAGCAGAGGUCAAAUUUUCAGUCACUGGUGCUUGAAAAUGGAUGUUUCCAUACUUUGUUAGUCUACUCUCACUGUCAAAAAGACUGGGAAGCUAUUUUAAGAUUUCAGUAUCUGCAGAAAUAAAAUGAAUCAGACAUGAAUCUUGGUGAGGACACAGACAGAAAAGUUCCUAGCAGAUUUAAAUGAUUCCAAUGGCUCCUUCAGAUAUCACAAUUCGAAUUAUUGGUGCUUGAAAAUGGCAAAAAGUUCAACAUUUUCAAACUAGUGAGCCCCAGAAAGUUGCUGCAAGUGUAUAUAUGUAGUCGUGUCUAUAUUUCCUACCAAAAUUCAGUCUUUUUUUGACAUUUUACCAACUUUUGAGGUUCUAACAUCAAUAGAAUUUGACAUGUGGCAAGUAUGACAAGACAAACUUCCAGAUUUUUGCUGUUUUGACAAAAUGUUGAUGUGUACUCAUUGGUUGGAGACAGACAGUGGUGUCCAUGGGGGUCUAGAUGUUGGUUUUAUAUGUGCAGAGUUACAAACGGCUCCCAUGGUGUCCUUAUGUUGAAAUUUAACAACAACAUGAAGCUUAUUUUGCCUUUUUGGAUGUUUCUAUACAGCUCUGAAAAGACAUGAAAUUCUCCAAAUUCAGCCCAAAUAUUUAACAGAAGUUAGUUUUGGGUCUCCAACAACUAAUAAAUAAACUCCAAACUGGUGCAGCAACAGAUUUCCUGGUUUCUAUUUGAACUGACCCAUAAAUAAAUCUCUUACAUAUUGAUCAGGUGUUCUGCUAUUGAUAAAUACCGUCAGCAUGUAGUUUUCUGUAGUCAGUAACAUUAAUAUACUGAGAAGUCGCCACUGAGGGGUCUGUUGAGAAUGUUUUUGAAAUGCAGCCGCUCACUGCAGGAACAAAUGCAUCAGAACUCGUGUUUUCAUCCUGGUUUCUAUUUGCAGUAUCUAAAAAUAUGAAUGUUGUUUUUUUUUUUUUUUCACGCACCAAUCCCCCUUUUAUUUUUGUUCCUUUCGAGUUAAAUGUAAUAACUCCUGAUGUCCAGGACAAACGUUUUAUGGUUCAAUAAUGAAAAGAAAAACGUAGGCUAGUCGGAACAUUUGUCAUAUAUUAUAAAUAGAAAAACGUUUUAAUAAAAUGAACAAAAGUGA